AAAACAGCUGUCAGUGCUUUUAUAAUUUUUUCGGUUUUCUCGAUUUCACGUUAAUUUCCUGCAACGUGAAUUAAACUCAAGAUAAUUUUGGUAUGGGUCAGGUGGCUUCUAUGGUGGCCCGACGGGUCAAUCGCUUCAAUGUCGAAAAUCGAGCCCAUCGCGUCCUGGAGCGCGAAAAACCCACACCGGCACCCAAAUUCGAUUCCAAUUUGAGAGAUAUGGAGCGUACCUUGGAAUUGGAUCCAAAGUUCGUGGACAAGCUGAACACGAAGGACACUACUUUGGAUGGACGGUUAAAAGACGUUUAUGUAACCUCGCAGGAUCGAUUUAUAAAGCGGGUCCAGGAGCGCCAGGCAGCAGAGGCGGCGGCUGACAAAACAGAGAAGCGACCUCUUCCCCUGGAGCGCAAAACUCCAGAUGACUUCGAAUAUGGCUAUCUGGAGCCAACGCGUAUCACCCCCGGCCGUUGUACACUGCGCCAGGCGCUACAGUUUAUCAGUGACCACCAGUUGGAUCCCGAGUCCUGGCCAGCCAAAAAGAUAGCCAAUGAUUACAAGCUUAAGGAACCAUUAGUUGAAAACAUCCUACAUUAUUUUAAAACCUUUAAUAUGUAUAUUCCCGACCAGAAGUACAAGGACACGAUGUUAACUCAAGCCACGCAGCCCCUUCUGCGUGUUAAAUCAAGCUCUGAGGGCAGUUCGUAAAUAAAUCACGCUUGCUUAUUGUUUAAA